AUCACUCAUUUUGUGAGGACAACUCUGAAGUUGCAAUGUCUCACAGAGACUCAUUUGCUGGUGCCGGAGCCAUGGCCAGACUGUCUUACUUCUUCUUCAUGCUGCGGAAUUGGGCGUCUCACAGAAUGAAACCUGAAGAAGAGAGACAUGACUCUUUCCUCGAGCGUUUCAGAGGCCCUGAGCUCAAAGUCACGUCCAGUCGACACAGCAAUGCCCCGUCUGUGGACAACAACGACACACUCCGUAAGAGAAAUCUUGCCAAUAAAUGGCCACUAGCCAUGUACAACAUGAACAAUUGCAACAACACAGACGACAAAAAGGAGGACAAAAAAGAGAUUCAAAAAGAUGACAAAAAGGAUGAGAAAAAAGACGAGAAGAAAGACGAGGACAAGAAGGAAGAAGAGAAGAAAGAUGAGAAGGAUGAGAAGAAAGAUGAGAAGAAAGACGAAAAGAAAGAUGAGAAGAAAGACGAGAAGAAGGACGAGAAGAAAGACGACAAGAAAGAUGAUAAGAAAGAUGAUAAAAAGAAAGAGGAGCCCCCGAAAGAGGUGUGGAUUAUGGAUCCAGCCACAGACCAGUACUACAGAUGGCUGACAGUCAUUGCAGGUCCAGUGUUUUAUAACCUGAUGAUGAUUGUAACAAGGGCCUGCUUUAAUGAACUCCAGGACAAGUACACAAAACUCUGGAUAGUUUUAGACUACACUUCAGACCUCAUCUACUAUGGAGACACGUUUGUCCGAUCAAGAACAGGUUACUUGGAACAAGGCCUGCUGGUAAAAGAGUCAUCAAAACUGAGAGCUAAAUACCGGACGACAUCUCAGUUCAAAUACGAUAUGAUUUCAAUGAUUCCCACCGAUCUGCUGUUUCUCAGAUAUGGAUUCAACAAUCCGGAGUUCAGAUUCAAUCGUCUCUGCAAAAUAUCAAGGCUUUUUGAAUUCUUUGAGCGGACUGAAACCAGAACAAGCUUCCCCAACAUGUUUCGUAUCAGUAAUCUUGUACUUUAUAUCCUGGUUAUUAUUCACUGGAAUGCUUGUAUGUUUUUUGCUAUUUCAAAAACCAUUGGUUUUGGGACAGACACCUGGGUAUACCCCAAUAUCAGCCACCCAGAGCAUGGCCGCCUGGCAAGAAAGUACAUCUACUCCUUAUACUGGUCCACACUGACUCUCACCACCAUCGGAGAGACCCCUCCACCAGUGAGAGAUGUUGAGUUUCUCUUUGUAAUUGCUGACUUCCUCACAGGUGUGCUGAUUUUUGCUAGUAUCGUCGGUAACGUCGGUGCCAUGAUUUCGAACAUGAAUGCCUCCCGUGCAGAGUUCCAGGCCAAGAUCGACUCCAUAAAGCAGUACAUGCAGUUUCGAAAGGUCACCAAAGACCUAGAGGCCAGAGUCAUCAAGUGGUUUGACUACCUGUGGACUGAGAAGAAGACCUGUGAUGAGAAGGAAGUGCUGAAAAACCUUCCCGACAAGCUAAGGGCUGAGAUCGCCAUCAACGUCCAUCUGGAUACACUGAAGAAAGUGCGAAUUUUCCAGGACUGUGAGGCUGGUCUUUUGAUUGAAUUGGUGCUCAAGCUUCAACCUCAAGUGUUCAGUCCUGGAGAUUACAUCUGUAAGAAGGGAGAUAUUGGCCGGGAGAUGUACAUCAUCAAAGAAGGGAAGCUGGCUGUGGUGGCCGAUGAUGGGGUAACUCAGUUUGUAGUCCUCAGUGAUGGCGCAUACUUUGGGGAAAUCAGUAUCUUAGGAAUCAAGGGCAGUAAAGCCGGCAACAGAAGAACAGCCAACAUCCGAAGUGUGGGUUACUCUGACCUCUUUGCCCUGUCCAAAGAUGAUCUGAUGGAAGCCCUCACUGAGUAUCCAGAAGCCAAAAAGGCUCUAGAGGAGAAGGGGAAAGCCAUCCUGAUGAAAGACAACCUGAUCGAUGAGGCAGUCGCGAAUGCUGGCGCUGACCCCAAAGACCUCGAGGAAAAGAUCACCAAACUGCAGGGCAACCUCGAUGUCAUGCAGGGCAAGUUUGCGCAACUAAUGGCUGAAUUUACCUCCAGUCAGAUGAGGAUGAAGCAGAGGGUGACGGAAAUGGAGAGCAAAGUGAAAUCUAUACAACCAGAGGACCUGUCUGAAGUGGUGGCUGACAAAGACAAAAAAGUCCAGUAAUGUAGGAUAAGACAGAACUUUUUCAAGGCCCAUGUUUAUAUCAAUUUCUACAUCAUGGUCAACAUCAUCAUGUGUCAAAUUGUGUACAGU